AGGUGUAAGUCUCUUUCAAUGCCCUGCACGAUUCAAUCUUUUACUGCUUCAGAUCAAGAACACAACAAUGAAAUCGACAAAUAGGCUUGUUUGAUUGUUCGAGGACCAGAAGUGAUUGGCUGGUUUUAGCGAAGAAAAGACAAGAACAAUUAGGUCAGAUCAUUAUUGUGCUUGUUGAUUUUGAUAUGCGCCAAUGGCAGUGGCGAUGGAAGAGUAAGCUUUAAGUUUCGCCUCUUGGCCUGUGUUCUUCCUCGAUCGCUGAGCGGCCGGAUCGAAAGCGAUGGAUUGGUAGAUCCACCACAAAGGUCGAAUCUUUCGCCUUUGCCUUUUUUUUCAUCGCUUUCGAUCAUCAUUCUUCUACUUGUUCAUCGAAUCGCUCGUUUCCGAUUGAAUUGUCGUUGUGAUUUGAGAAGGCAUCGCAUCGAGUUGGGAUUUUGCGGUAGGGUUUUUGGGAGAUGAUGGCCAGAAGGUGGGCGGAUGUGCUUCCGAAUUGGUUGGUCGGUGAGGAUGGUGAUGGUAGGAACGGGAAGUGGACGCCGGAGGAGAACAAGCUGUUCGAGGACGCCCUGGCUGAGUUCGACGCCGACGUGCCCGACCGGUGGGAAAAGGUGGCGGCUUUGAUCCCCGGGAAGACGAUCGGCGACGUGGUCAGCCAUUACCGGGAGUUGGUCGACGACGUGAGCGACAUCGAGGCCGGCCGCUUCCCCUGCCCUCUCUUCUCCGGCGCCGCUUCUUCGUCUUUUACCUUGAACUGGGAGAGGCAUUAUGAACCCUACUUCGUCGCCGGCAAGCGAUCCGGUGGCAGAGGAUCCGAUCAGGAGAGGAAGAAAGGAGUUCCCUGGACUGAACAGGAGCACAGGUUGUUUUUGCUUGGCCUAAAGAAGUAUGGCAAAGGCGAUUGGAGAAACAUAUCGCGCAAUUUCGUCGUCACCAGGACCCCUACACAAGUGGCCAGCCACGCGCAAAAGUACUUCAUCCGGCUCAACUCCGGCAGCAAAGACAAGAAGAGGUCGAGCAUACACGACAUCACUACCGUGGACUUGCCCGAUAACACUAGGCCUCCCUCACCAUCAUCUCAGCCAUCUACUACUAUCACCACACCGACUUUGUCGAGCCAAUUCUCUACCGUUGUCGAUUCAGAUCAGCUCGGUGAAGUAGCAAGUCAUCCAUCGAGCAAUCAGUUGGUGCAGACUCAGUUCAGAACACAACCUCAGAGUUCAAAGACUGAAUGAAAUCUGAACUUCCAAAGGCUGAUGAGAAUGCACAUUCAACUUCUACAUCUCGUCUUGUCGCCGAAGAUUAUACUUCUACAUCGAGCAACACUGUCUUGGUGAAUAUGGCUA